GUGUGAAAUACUUGUUUUGAAGAGAAGUCUGAGAGGAGAGAUGAUAAACGAUAGUGAUAUUAAUGAGAUAAAGUUGCCAAUUAUGAAUCAAUUCAUAAAAGAAGUUAAGAAUAUUCAAUCAACUAAGGAAUUCUUUGUGCUCCCUAGUGAAUUUUCCUUUAUUUGUAGAACUUGUUUGUCGAAAAACAAAACGUUGUUGCCUUUGAAAGAACAAAAAGUCAUGGAAAUAUUCUCCCAAGUUACAAAAUUAGAGAUUGGUCUAGAUGAUAGAUUGCCUCAGGGAAUAUGCCCAUUUUGUAUAAAUAUAUUUGAAAAUGUGAAUAAUUUCAUUGAGGUAUGUAGGGCUUCAGAUGAAAUUUUACAUUUAGCUUUAAAUAAAAAUGAUGCUUCUGGAAAUAGUUGCCAGAAUCCCUCGGAGGAAUAUGAAACAACUCUUUCGCCUGAUAAUAACUCCAAUGAAGAUUUUAAUUAUGAGGAACCUACUGAAGCAUUACAUAGUGAAAAAAAUGAAAUAAAAGGAAAAGGAGAGAAUGAAGAUAUCUUACAACAAAGUGAACCUUUGAAAGAAUACCUUGAGUGUCAAUGUUGUCAUCUGAAAUUUGAUACAAAAAAUGAACUAAGGGAACAUUAUAUACAAAAUGGGAUUUGCAGAGAAAAUCGUUUCAAGUGUAAUAUAUGUUCCAAAAUAUUUUCUAAGAGAUUUAAAUUACAAGCUCAUGUGAGAUGCCACACUAAAGAAACUCCUUUCCAAUGCCAGAUAUGUUUCAAAGCAUUCAGAUUCUCACAAAACCUCAGAAGACAUCGAAAGACACAUGAAGGGAUAAAACCAUUUGUUUGUCAUAUUUGUAAUAAAGGUUUCUCCCGUGCUUUUGUGAAAGAAGAACAUAUACGAACUCAUACAGGUGAAACUCCAUUCAUUUGUAACUAUUGUGGAAAAAGUUUUAAAAGGUAUAAUAGCCAUCGAACCCAUGUCAUUAGACACCAAAUGGAAAGUGGAGAAAUACCUGAUCACCAAAAAAUAAUAUAUGAGGAAAUGAAGUGCAAUAAAUGCAAUAAGAGAUUUUCUACUAAAUCAGCACUUCGAACUCAUGAAAUAUUACAUACUGGAGAACAAAAGUUUCUUUGUAACGAUUGUGGAAAAAAAUUUUACACAAAAGGAGCUCUCCAGAGUCACUUCAAAGUUCAUACAGGAAUCAAACCUUACAAAUGUUCAAGUUGUGACAAGAGUUUUUCACAAAAAAGUGGCUUGAAAAAUCAUGUUCUUAUACAUAUGGGGCUGAAACCAUACACUUGUAAUUUGUGUAGUAAAUCAUUUGUUCAAAGUACUCAUUUGAAGAAUCAUAUGAGAACGCAUAGUGGAGAGAAACCUUAUAUUUGUUCCUAUUGUAAUAAAGGUUUUGCCCUCAAUUGCAAUCUCAAAGUACAUGUAAGAACUCACACAGGUGAGACUCCAUAUCGUUGCUCUAUUUGUGACAUUGGAUUUUAUGAUUCUAGCUCCCUGAAAAAACAUGAAAAAGGUCAUAUGACAGUUUCUAAUCCAAAGAAAGAAUUGCAAUAACUUUGAAGUAUAAAUUUUGUUUAGGUUACAGUUGGAAAUAAAUAAUCCAAAUUGAACAUUA